AUGGUGUCCGGGUACCGCGCCCUGGGGGCCUGCACGGAGAGCCUCGGCUCCGAGAGCGGCGACGUCGGCGGGGACGAGAUCGACCACCUCCCGGCCGUCCUAUGCGCCGGACCCGACGAAGACGUUGCGGGCGACGCGGUGGUGCCCCAGACAUGCCCCGGGAAGAGGCAGCGGACGACGGAGAGGCGCCUCCCGCCGCCGAUGCCGAGGGCGGCCGAUGCCUUCAUGCGCGCGGAGCGCCGCGGCGGGCGCCUCAUCCUCACCGAGGUGGUGCGGCCGGCCGAGCGGCCCCGCGGGGUGUUCCGCGCCUCCCGCGCCGACGGCCGCCUGCUCCUCCGCUUCGCCGAACAAGAAGAAGAAGAACCCUGCAGCUACGGCGUCGAGGCGUCCGCCGCGCCGGCGCCGGCAUCGCCCGAACCCGCCGAGCCGGAGAACGGGGUCGUGGUGGGCGGCUGCUGCAACGGCGUGGGGUUUAGCCAGGUGGCGCCCGGCACCGGGAGGCGCGUCGAGAUCGGCGCCGUGAUGGGGAUAUGA